UGUUGUUUGCUGGAAUUGUUAUUCUUUUUCAGUCCGAUCCUCGGAAUAGCCGAGUACCGCCAGGUGGAGUACUUCGAUGGAUCCAAAGUGCCGGUGUGCCAAACCAGGGCGAACACAUUCUGGUCGGCACUCUAUUUCUUGAGCAGCGUGUUCCUGUUUUUCAUAGUUCCCUUCGUCGUGCUCGUUGUCCUCUACCUCAUCAUCGCCCGCAACCUGAUCUCGAAUGCGGCCAGCCUCGUCCUCAACAAGCACCUCGACACGUAUUCGACACGCGCCCGUCGCCAGGUCAUUCUCAUGCUCGGCACCGUCGUGCUCAGCUUCUUCCUCUGCCUCAUUCCCUUCCGCGUCUUCACCCUCUGGAUCAUAAUUGUGCCUGAGGAGAGGGUGUACGCGCUCGGCGUCGAACGCUACUACAAUAUCCUCUACUUCUGUCGCAUCAUGGUCUACAUCAACUCGGCGAUCAAUCCCAUCCUCUACAAUCUAAUGAGUUCCAAGUUCCGCACCGGCUUCAUUAUAUGCUCCGAAUACGGCUUCAUAUGGCGCCGAGCCUCCAGCUCCUCUCGCAACAAUUCCUCCUCCUUCGGCACCGCCCGUCGCGCUACCAUCAACCACCAGCAUCACCAACGCUUCUUCAAGACCGGCAACCCACCUCCACCCUCGACCUCGCACAAUCCGAACCUGGACGUCGUAUGCGACGAGACAACGCUGGCGUUGCGCGAAAAAUACAGUAAACGAUCCCCCGACGAAGAGAGCUUCGUUUAACAUAUAUUAUUAUUGUUAUUAUUUCAAUCUAUAAUUUAUAAUGUACGUGUUUAUUGAACCACCAACCAAUCCCUGUGUGUACGUUAAAUCCCUUUCCAAUGACAACAUAAACAACAACAAAAACACAUCACUAUAUACAGUGCAUUGCAUGCGUGACCUAAAUUAUUUCAACAAUUGUAACCUUUACUAAGGGCUUAGGUUAUCCAUGGCAACUAAUUAAGUAGACCACAUUUAGAGACUUUAUCUACAUUUAUAUACUUAGACUUACAUAUAUUUACAUAGUAUUAAUACAAAUAUUAUAGUUUAGUUUAAAGAGGAUUCCGCUUGCGUCCAAUGCUAUACUUUGCAUUUAUAAAUUAUUCGCGCGAGCUUAUUUACUAGGAAACCAAGCGGGAUCUUCGC